AUGUCCUUCCUAAAUGACAUAAAGUCCUCCUUCCACGAUAUAGCGGAUGACCUGAAGAAACCCCUCCACGACCUUCGCGACAAGAUUGAACAGAGUGUUGGGGGCAUUCAUGCAAGUGACCAUGACGAUACCCAUCAAAGCGACAAUCGAUUUAGGAGUUUCGCACCGGAAAGAGAUCAAAACAAUGCCAAGUGGUACGUGGAUGGCUGUGGCUACAUGUGGGCAGUGAGCGUAGCAAUCCAAGAGGCAAGAGAAAGUAUAUGGAUUUUAGACUGGUGGUUAAGUCCUGAACUUUACCUGAGGAGACCGCCAAGCAAAAACGAAAACUACAGGCUUGAUCGCUUGCUUUUCGCCGCCGCUGAUCGAGGGGUUAAGGUUAAUAUCAUUGUCUACAAAGAGGUCGCUGCUGCCCUGACACUUUGCUCCAAGCACACCAAGGAUGCUUUAGAGGUUCACCAAAAUAUCUCUGUAUUCAGGCAUCCAAACCAUGGAUUAGAUAGCCAAGUGCUGUCCUCGGAGCUAUCAUCCACCAUCACUAAUCUUACCUCAGCGCCCUCCAAGCUCUGCAAUACCUCAAGUGAUACGUUAAAAAGUAUAUACGGUGUACACGACGAUGAUGUCGUUCUUUUCUGGGCUCACCAUGAAAAGUUAUGCCUCAUUGAUGAAAGAGUAGCGUUUAUGGGAGGCCUUGAUCUGUGUUAUGGAAGAUGGGAUACAAACAAUCACCCAAUAUCAGAUGCCCACCCUUCGGAUCUUAACAAUAUCCUGUUUCCAGGACAAGACUUCAAUAACGCACGGGUUCUCGAUUUUGAGGAUGUCAAAAAUUUCCAAAAUAAUAAACUCGACCGUACGAAGAGUUCCCGCAUGGGCUGGUCAGAUCUAUCAAUAUGCCUUACCGGACCUGUAGUAGAUGACUUGAAGGCUCACUUUAUUCAGCGAUGGAAUUUUAUCUACAAUGAAAAAUACAUCAGUCGAAACAACCCAAAGUACGCCAAACUAUUGUAUAAACCAACGACAAUAACAGAAGGCUUCUACGAGCAAAAUGGUGCAAGUAUACCCUCAUCUAACGAUCAUGUAAAUACCAAACAACAAAGUACCACUCAUGGCAUCUCUCAUUUAGACUUUUCGAGUGGCGGUGAAAUGUUCAAUAGAUUUCGCGGUGCUAUUCCGGUUUCAAGGAAACAGGAAGAAUAUAAAGACCACCAGAACCCUAGCUUACUAAAUAUACAGCUAACAAGAAGUUGCUCUAAAUGGAGUCAUGGUAUGGCAACCGAGCAUUCUAUUGCAAACGCAUACAUCGAGAUUAUUAAACAGAGCCAACACUUUGUUUAUAUUGAAAAUCAGUUUUUCAUAACUGCAACUGGCGAUAACCAACUUCCCGUCCGAAACCAAAUUGGUGCUGCCAUUGUGGAGCGCAUUGUACGUGCCCAUCGCGAAGGCCAGAAAUUCAAGGUCAUUGUGCUUAUGCCAGCCGUUCCUGCUUUCGCAGGAGAUCUUCGUGCUGAAGAUUCCCUAGGAACGCGGGCAAUCAUGGAAUUUCAAUACCACAGCAUCUGUCAUAAUGGACAUUCAAUUAUGGAGAAGAUUGAGCAAGCCGGUGUUCCAAACGCAAAAGAGUACAUUCGCUUUUACAACUUGAGGAAUUACGAUCGUAUCAAUACCGGGGCAUCAAUGACUCGCGCUGAGCAAAAUAGUGGGGUUAGGUACCAAGAUGCGAGAAAAGAACACGAUGAUAUAGUCGGCGCCGGUUACGGCGGCUUUGGUGAAAGAAGCGGUGCACGUCCAGGGCAAGAAAACCAACAAUACGAUCGUUAUCAACAGGGCUGCAAGCAAUCAGCUAACGAUAGUCAGUAUGACAGUGUCACACCAUGCUACAUGGAGAACUCCGUGUCUAUCACUGACAUACCAUGGACUGGAAAUCCUGAGGCCGAAAUGGAUGCUUUCGUAAGCGAAGAACUCUAUAUACAUUCAAAGCUACUCAUAGCAGAUGAUCGCAUUAUGAUAUGUGGAAGUGCAAACCUUAACGACCGAUCACAACUUGGCUACCGUGAUUCUGAAAUUGCAGUAGUUAUCGAAGAUCCCAACAAGAUCGAAUCUACUAUGGACGGUAAUUCCUUCCAAGUCUCUGCUUUCGUUAGCUCCCUUCGCCGUCAGCUUUUCCGUAAGCACUUAGGGCUCAUCCCAGCUCAAGACCCCCGCCACCAAACGAUGAAUUUUCUUCCUCUUACCCACGGACCAAAUGAAUAUGACUGGGAUUCCCCAGCCGAUCGUCUCGUGCGUGACCCUCUUAGUGAUAAUUUCAUUGAGCUUUGGGACAGAACUGCACGAACAAAUACGGAAGUUUUCUCAAGAGCUUUCCACGUUGUUCCAUCUGAUAAUUGCAAAAACUGGGAAGAAUACAAAAAUUGGUACGAAAAGUUCUUUGUUAGUUCUAGCAAGGAUGAUAAUAGGAGAGUCCCGCCUAAGUACGAAUACGGUCACUUAGUUAAAGAAGAAUUUCCUGGAGGUUUGAGGGAAGCGAAAGAGCUACUUGCAUUAGUGAAGGGAACUCUAGUCGAAAUGCCGUUAGAUUUUAUGAGAGAUGUAGACUUUGCUGUUGCUGGUGUCAAGUUUAACGCAUUGACGAAAGAGAUUUAUACCUAG